AUGGAGAGGAACGAUAGUGGAGGUUGGCAACCGGUAUUUCGUCGAAGAGGACGGAUCAAGACUACAAGGGAUUCAGAGGUGGGUGAACUAUUUACAGUAUUUGUGGAUAACAUUCCUGAAUCAAUGAAUCCGAAAAAGUUGUUUGGGCUGUUUACAAAGUUUGGCAUUGUAAAGGAUGUGUUCAUCCCAAAGAAAAGGAGGAAGAUCACAGGUUCGAGGUUUGGCUUCGUAAGGUAUGAUUGUUCGGUUGCAGCUGAGAUUGCAGUUCAAAGGGCUGAUGGGUUGUGGUGUGAUGACAAAGCUCUAAAGGUUAAAGGGGCUGAGUUUGUAAGGGGAGACCAUGGCAGCCUAGGGGAUUUAAUCAGAGGAUUCAAAGGUAGAGAGGAAGUUGUGGUUCAAGUAUUAGAAGUGGGUAAUGGGUGGUUAUAUGAAAGCUUGAUAAUCAAGCUACAUACCUUUUUCUCUUUUUCAGUUUUUAAGGAGGAAUGUCAGAAGACGGGUCUUCAGGAGGUAAAAAUUAGAGCAGAUGGAGAUAGACUUGUAAUCCUAACGUUCCCAUCUGUUAUGGAGAUGAAAAGAUUAAAGCUGAUAAUCGAUCCUGAGGGUGAGGAGAAGAAUGAUAGUUGUUCAAAUGUUGAAGGAGACCAGAGAGGUAGUACAAAGAUGACAAGAGGAAGGUCAGGGAUGAUGAGGUGGAAUGUUGUGAUAAGAUGGCCCAAUGUAGAGCUGACAUGA